AUGUCUAGUCCUCAUUUCGAGUCAGAUGAAGAAAAAACAGAUCAAUUGGGACUGACUGAUUUUGAUCUUUUACAAAAUAUUCAAAACGCCUACUCUCAAUCUUUCAAUUUGAAUACGACCGAUAGUGAUUUACCAUUAUAUCCAUUAACAAAAAAGCUUACCGCUAUUUGUCCGAUAAUUAAUGUUAAAAAUAUUACAGCAUUAAGAUUAAUUAAUUUUUAUAAGAAAAUGCAUGAAUUUCAAUUGUGCACUGAAGAAGACAAAGUAACAUUAAUUAAACAUAAUUUACCGUGCAUAUUUUUUCUACAUGCCGUGUUAAGCUAUGAUCCACUAAUGGAUAGAUAUUAUCAAGAUGAUAAACAUCAUAUUGAUGGCAGAGAUAUUUUGUUAUCAUAUGGUCUUGAAGUAUAUUCAAAAAUAACAACGUUAAUGACGACAUUAAGGUCAUUUGUUGAAUUAGAUCGAAUUAUUAUUCAAUUAGCAUUAGUUAUUAUGUUGUUUUCUAAAGGUUUUUCAGCAAGUGACUCUGUUGAACCAAUUUUAAUAGAUCCAUUAAAAGUAUUUAGAAUUCAAAAUUUAUACAUCGAACGAUUAUGGAGAUUUUUAGAAAAUCGUUUCGGGAACGCAACAGCAACAAAAAUGGUUGCUAAAUUAUUUAUGCAAUGUUUAACUAUACAAAUAUUAUCGAGAGACACUCGGUCAGAUAUAUCAGAAAAUGUAAAUCCAUAUGACAUAGUUCCCAUUAUGCGAUCGAUAAUGCAGUUAGUGUAA